UUAUCAAACUCUAUUUCUUUAAUUGCCUCAUUAGUCGAUAGCGCAAUGGACUUUUUAUCAACUGCGAUCAUUUGGUGGACAAAUAGGAAGAUAGAUAGCAAGAGCUGGCAAUCAGUAUGGCAAUAUCCGGUCGGGAAAAGGCGAAUGGAACCCAUGGGGGUGGUUGUUUUCUCCGUCUUUAUGAUUUCAUCAUUUGUACAAGUCUUGGUUGAAUCUGUCGAAAGACUUUUUGCUGGAUCAAAUACAGCUCUUAGUAUACCUCUCACUUCAAUGAUCGUCAUGUGGGCUACUAUCGCUGUCAAAGGUGUGGUUUGGCUUUGGUGUCGGAGAAAGAAAAAUACCAGUGUGAGGGCCUUGGCACAAGACGCUGAAAACGAUUGUGUAUUGAAUGUAUUUUCAUUAUUGUUUCCUUACCUGGGACAAAAACUCAAUAUCCCAUGGCUCGACGCAGUAGGAGGAUUAAUCUUAUCAAUUUACAUCAUUACUGAGUGGUCACAUACACUGUUUGAUAAUGUGAAGAACUUGACAGGAAAAAGAGCUGAUCCUAUUCAACAUCAACGUGUGGCUUAUCUUGUGACUCGAUUUUCUCCUCUGAUUCAAGCUUUACAACAUUGUCAUGUUUAUCAAGCUGGUGAUGAUUUGAUUGUUGAAACGUCGGUAUUUCUUUCUUCUCACGGUCACCCUACUGCUCAUGAUCUAGGUGAAUCAGUUCAGUACGCACUUGAAUCUUUGGAUGGAAUAGCACGAGCAUGUUGA